AUGCCUGCUCCGAAGAAGGAAGGCAUGUCGAGCGGAGGUGCUUCCAAGAUCGAAGGCCGGAAUCAGAACGGCAUGAACUCCUUAUUCCCCCACAAUCCAGCCAGUGCUAAUGCAAGAGAUGCAGGAAACCGACACGGAUUUCGAACCGAUACCGCCAUCUCCAACAGUCGCUUCGGCAGCGAACGAACACUGCAGCCAUGGGUCCCCGACUCUACCGAUGGCGCUGAUGGCAGCUUGGAGGCUUCCGCCAGCAAAGGUCCAUGGGACCAAUUUGCCGAGAACGAGAGGCUUUUCGGCUUGAAGACGGACUACGACGAGAGCAUCUAUACCACUGCCAUAAACAAGAACCACCCACAGUACAUGGAAAGAAUUGCUGCGGCGGAGAAGAAGGUCAGAGAAAUUGAGCGAAGUGCGCCAGCGACUUCUCACGUUGCCGAGGAGCGAAUCAUGGACUUUGUUGGCACAGCUGGCCCCGGUGGCGAGAAUGAGGAAGAAAAGUACAGCGGUGUUCGGCGACAUGACGUGCAGCCUCUCGCUGGUGGUCGGGAGAACAAAUACAUGCCCCCGGCUAAGAGAGCACCGACUGGUCAAUCUACCGUCAAGGGCGCCCCCGUUGAUCCGGCAAUCAUCUCGUCGCAAAUCAAGGCUCCGUCCAAGAGACAGUCGCCUGCGCCGGACCAGCACCAUUCUGCUGCCUCCAACACGGGCAAGAACGGGGUCUGGCAAAAGCCAGAUAGUCAGCAGGCGACACAAGCCAAGCCUACGGACACAAAGAUGGCCGACUCGAACCCUGCACGAGCGUCGAAGACCCCAGAGGCGAAUCAGGCAGACAAGUCGGCAGACAAAGCUGCCGCCUCUGGUCCCGCCUCUGCUGCUCCGCCUGAUCGCAAUGCGUCGUCCGCAGUCAAAGAAGAGACCCCAAACGCCACGGCGACGGUGGAGCGCGACGUUCUCAACUCGUUCAAAUCUUUUGCUACGUUGCAAAGGCUCAAUGCCGAGAAAGUCCGCACCAGCAAGGCCCGAGCGGACAAAGAGGUCAAAUUGACGGAGCUGAAGGAGUUCGCCAACUCGUUCAAACUUUCCACACCGGUCCCAUCCGACCUGGUAUCGAUAAUAGCCAAGGACCCCGUCAAACAAAAGGAGAUCCAGGAGAAAGCCAUAAAAGAUGCCGAGGUCAUGAAACAGACCAAGGUAGAUACUGUGACCAAGGACAAGCCUCAAACUGUCAAGGAUGCUGUGUCGAAGCCUGCGGAGCAGGCUACUGCUGCCAACGCCACCGACCGAGCGAGCACUCGAGGACCCAACGCUCCACCGACGGCCGGCCCAUCAAACGCAAACAACAGGCAUGCAGGUCCCCGGCAGCACUAUCCGCCACAGCCGUAUCAUGCUCAACCCUACAGGAACAACCGUGGAGGCCCGCAACAUGCUCCACCCCAGCAGCAGACGGGAAACCUGGCCCAACGUAUCCGUCACAUGGAGCAGCAGCGAUACACGCAGCCGAUGUCGCCCAACCCGCACCAACCGGGCCAAGACGCGCGAACACCGCCUGCCGGACCUGCAACCAACGCGGAUGCCGGCUUGGGCCGCCGGCUCAGCGGAGCGCCUGGCCACAUGGGCGCCAAACUCAACCCCAACAGUCACGAAUUCCGACCCAGCCCGUUUGCGCCAUCCUUCAACCCGAACGGUCACCCCAGCGCCAGCUCGAGUCCCCGCACAGGAGCGAACCAGGUUCCCGAGAGUCCCGCCUCUGCCGGGGCCCAGCCAAGCCAGCUCAUCCGACGCAAGACCAAGGCUGUGGAUGCUGGAAAGUGCAGCAUCCUCUCCCACGUCAAGGCCCUGGCGCCGCCGCCAGGGCGCAACUGGGACGACAACGGUGGUCUCCGGCCUUCGUAUGAUACGCUUCCUACCUGGCGCCAGCUCCAGGACGACGAGAAGUCGGACUCGACGAUGCAUCUCACGUACAAAGAGUACUUUGAGCGCCAGCCCUUCUCCAACCCGUCGGCUACGACGCCGAGCCAACCGCAUUCCGUGCCACACUUGGCGCACCAGCAUCAGCUACCGUUCCAUCUGCAGCACGGGGCACAUGGCAUGGGACCUCGACAGUCGCCGCACAUGGCUCCGAUGCAAAUGCACACGCCGCAGCACGGCCCCGUGGCCCACGCGCCAUUCAGCACCGACGACCAUCGCAUGAUGCACUCCAACUCGACGCAGUCGUUUGCAUCCCCGCGCAUGGGGCAGAUUCCGGUCGCGUACCCGGCGCAAGUACCGUACGGCCAGCCGAUGUUUAUGGGCCCCAACAACCCCCAGAUGGGACAGUACCGCAAUUACUCUGGCAACCCGCACUACGCGCCACCACAGCAGGGGCAGAUGGGCGGCCCGAUGAUGAUGCAACCCCAGUUCAUCCCCGGUCCCCAAGGCAUGGUGGCUGCUCCGCAGAUCAUGUACCACGGGGGCCAUCCUCAAUUCAUGCCACCGUCGGGCCCGCCGCAGGCUGUGCCCGGCGUGAACGGCUACCCCAGCCCGGGACGGGCUGCAGCUCCGGUCAUGGUGCAUCAGGGAUCGCAGCAAGGCCAGCCGAUGUACGGCAUGAGCCCCGGCGUGCAGUACAAUCAGCCGGUAUACGGCCCCGGGCAGCCGAAUGGACCGAGUCAGUGA